AUGGACGUGGAACAGAACGCGGGGACGGGCCUUGAGUCCUCAACCAAGACCAAGGAUCAUGAGAAAGAAUACACUCGCUCAGUCACGGAAGAUCGUUCCCUCGGUCACGGCGAUAAUGACUUGCUCAGUGGAGAAAACGUUGAUUCGGUGCUGGCUGCUAAGAUGAUCUUGGUGAACGAUGCCAUUGACGAGAUCGGAUUCACCAAGCACCACUGGAAAUUGUUCUGCCUCAAUGGGUUCGGAUACGCGGUAGAUUCAUUGAUCCUGCUGAUUCAGUCUAUUAUCUCCCAUCAAGCCCAGCUGGAAUUCCGUCCUGGUUACUCCACCGGGUUGACAAUCGCAGUUUACAUGGGCAUGCUGAUCGGUGCCAUCUUCUGGGGCUUCUCCGCAGACAUCAUCGGCCGUCGUUUCGCCUUCAACGUGUCCCUGUUUGUCUCAUCGAUUUUCACCAUUGUGGCUGGGGCAGCGCCUUCGUGGGUCACCCUGGGCCUCUUUGUGUGUCUGAGUGCGUUCGGGGCUGGAGGAAACCUCGUUUUAGACACAACUGUCUUCUUAGAAUACCUACCGAGUCAGAACCAGUGGCUCUUGACUUUGAUGGCGGCCUGGUGGGGCCUGGGACAGUUGAUCGCUGGCCUCUUUGCGUGGGUUUUCCUUCCCAACUUUUCAUGCGACGAAGAGACAAACUGCACACGAGCGAAUAAUCAAGGCUGGCGCUACGUCUGGUAUGCCUCGGGGGCGCUCGUUUUUGUUCUUUCGAUCCUGCGAAUCACCAUUAUUCGACUGGAGGAGACCCCCAAGUUUUUGCUCUCCGAGGGGCGAGAUGCCGAGGCCGUUCGUGUGCUCCAGAACAUUGCAACCAAGCACAACCGGCCUUGUGGGCUCACACUCGAACGCUUGGAGGCUUGUGGCACAGCUCAGACGCGCUCUGGAGCUGCAGUCAGUCUUUCCAAGCGCCUCUUCUCUCCCGGAGAAGUCAUGACCCAUCUUCGCGGACUGUACUCCACGCGCCGUAUAGGUCUUUCGACCACACUGGUGUGGUUCUCGUGGCUCUUGAUCGGUCUAGCAUAUCCACUGUACAAUGUCUUCCUCCCGUCUUAUUUGUCCACCCGGGGGGCUGCAUUGGGGCAAGAUAGCCAGUAUAUUACCUGGCGAAACUAUGCGAUCAACAACACAUGCUCGAUCUUUGGCCCCGUUCUAGCAGGAUUUAUGUGUCGCUCUCGCUGGUUUUGGGGUCGCCGGGGAACGAUGAUCAUUGGGGCCUUGGUCACUAUGGUCUUCUUCUUCUGCUACACGCAGGUUCGCACAGCCGGCCAGAAUCUUGGCUUCACCUGCGCGAUUUCAUUUUGCCUGAAUAUCUACUAUGGUACUCUCUAUGCAUAUACUCCAGAGGUCUUUCCAUCUGCACAUCGUGGAACCGGCAACGGUAUAGCCAUUGGACUGAAUCGGAUCAUGGGCAUUGUCAGUGCGGUGGUGGGGCAAGCUGCCAACACAAAUACCCCUGUUCCCAUAUUCAUUUGCGCUGCCUUAUACAUCAUCAUGGCCGCUGUGGCAGCGGCAUUCCCGUUUGAGCCAUACGGGCGCCGUAGCAGCUGA